AUGGAAGUCACGUUAAACCAAAGUGAAGCGUUGAACCGAAGCGCGCAUGGCGAGGAGACUUUCGAAGGGGGCGCAGACGGGAGCCCUUUCCUGAGGAUCCUCAUCUCGGUAGUCUACUCGGUGGUCUGCGCCGUGGGCUUGGUAGGAAAUCUGCUAGUCUUUUACCUCAUGAGACUACGACAAGGACGGAAGAAGUCGGCCAUCAACUUUUUUAUCAUCAACCUGGCGGUGACCGACUUUCAGUUCGUGUUGACACUGCCCUUCUGGGCCGUGGACACGGCUUUGGACUUCAGCUGGCCAUUCGGAGACACCAUGUGCAAAGUGGUGCUGUCCCUCACCGUCAUGAACAUGUACGCCAGUGUCUUCUUCCUCACUGCCAUGAGCGUCACCAGAUAUUUGUCCGUCACUUCGGCGCUCAAGCGGUCCGCGCACAGAUGGUCUCGGUGCGUCAAGUGGGUGUGCGCCUCCCUGUGGGUUGCGGCCACGGUGGCCACGGCUCCCACCGCGGUCUUCUCCGCCGUCACCGUGGUCGCCGGAGAAAAACUCUGCCUCCUGAAAUUCCCGGAAGGACACGACUGGCUCGCUCUUUAUCACAUCCAAAAAAUACUCGUAGCUUUUAUUAUCCCUCUGCUUAUCGUCUCCGUCAACUACCUGAUGCUCCUGCGCUUUAUCAAACGCAAGAGCAUGUGCGUCAACAGCCGACAGAAGAGGUCCAAAGUCACCAAAUCGGUGGCCAUUGUUGUUUUAUCCUUUUUCUGCUGUUGGAUGCCAAACCACGCCAUCACUUUCUGGGGCGUUUUGGUCAAAUUUAACGCAGCCAACUGGAAUUGGUCCUACUACAUGGUGCACGCGUAUGUAUUUCCAAUCACUGUGUGCUUGGCGCACGCUAAUAGUUGCUUGAACCCCGUACUCUACUGUCUAAUGAGGCCAGAGAUCAGGAAGAUGCUAAGUGCUUUAUUCUGGAGGGCUCCCACUCCUUGCACCGGCAGCAAGGACGCAUGCAAAGCGCACUCUGAUACGCCCGGCCACAUCCAAGCGGUCAGGACUACUGCUAAUGUCGACUUCACCUUGUCUGUCGUCGGUAACUAA